CAAUGUCCCCGCCCUCCUUCUAUAGGGGGACGCUGCGUUUUCCAGCCCUUCUGAUUCCCAAGACUCCGCCUCUUUUUAGAACGUUGUGUAUCCUGCCCUCUAGUUCCAUGUUACUUCCUGCUGUUGCUUCCCGAGGGCUGAACACGCGUGGGGGGGAACAAGCGGAGACAUCCCCAGGGCCCGAUACUAUCACUGGGCUGCUCUGAUCCUUUGGCCCUGCGAGGGAUCGCCGACCCGCUCUGCUGCCUUUGGAGCCCAUCUUGUCUGCUUGAGAGGGGCGAACAUGUAACGGCCAUCAGUCCUGUUCCUGCAUCCCCUCCCCCUUAUGGAUGGAUAUGGAGGGUCCCAGCUUGUAGAUACUCGUGCUCCAACCAGCAGUUUGGAAGCCUCUUAGAUCCGAACCUCCCAUAAUAUGCCAGUGAGCCAACACACCCCUUCUUGGGAUUUGGGGAGAAGCUGUGAAGCCUUCCUAUUUUAACUAACUCUAUUUAUUUCUAUUGCUUUCCUUAAAACCCAAACUGAUGAGUUUCUGGAAUUCACACUGUUUUGGACCAGUAUUUCCAGCCUCACACUAUUUUAUAGCAUUUCAUUUUAUUAACCUUCAGUAUUUAAUAACUGUGAAAUGAAAGGGAAUCUUUUAGAUGGAAUUUAAGUAUUUAUAUUUCGGUUGAUCUACAGCCCCCGCUCUAUUUCAUUUAGUGGGAAAACUUGGAUUUUAUAAUCGGAUUAUUUUUAUAUUGCCGGCCAUCCCCUGUAAAGACUUGCAUGUAUAUGGCAUUACUAGUGCACCCCUGUAUUUAGGCGAAGUCUUCUGAACCCGGAUAAUAAUGGAACUUGAGAAUAUCGUAGCGAAUACGGUUCUGCUAAAGGCAAGAGAAGGUGGAGGUGGAAAACGAAAAGGGAGAAGCAAGAAAUGGAAAGAAAUCCUGAAAUUUCCCCAUAUCAGCCAGUGUGAAGACUUGCGCAAGCAGCUCGAAAGGGACUAUACAAGCUUGUGUGAGAAGCAGCCGAUUGGCCGCCGCCUUUUUCGCCAGUUCUGUGAUACCAGGGAGCAUUUCAUUCGAUGCAUUAAUUUCCUCGAUUCGGUGGUAGAUUAUGAAGUUUCUCCUGAUGAGAAGAGAAAGGAGACUGGGGAAGAGAUUAUUUCCAGGUUUUUUGCCCCACAGUCGUCGGACUACAUGCCAGAGAUCCCGGAUGCUUACAUGGAGGAAUGCAUUGAGAAUAUUGGAAAAAAUCCCAGCAAGGAAAUCUUCACUAAAUGCAUUAGCCAACUGCAUGAGUUCCUUAGUGGGUCCCCAUUCCGAGAGUACCAGGAAAGUAUGUACUUUGACCGCUUCUUGCAGUGGAAGAGCCUAGAAAGGCAGCAGGUUACAAAAGACACUUUCCGGCAGUACAGGGUAUUAGGCAAAGGCGGCUUUGGGGAGGUGUGUGCGUGCCAGGUCCGUGCCACAGGGAAGAUGUAUGCUUGUAAAAAACUGGAGAAGAAGAGGAUCAAGAAGAGAAAGGGAGAAUCAAUGGCUCUGAAUGAGAAGCAGAUCCUGGAGAAAGUGAACAGCCGAUUCGUGGUUAAUCUGGCUUACGCCUAUGAAACAAAAGAUGCCCUGUGUCUGGUGCUGACAAUCAUGAACGGUGGUGACCUCAAGUUCCAUAUCUACAAUAUGGGAAAUCCUGGCUUUGAGGAGGAGCGUGUGGUCUUUUAUGCUGCUGAGCUCUGCUGUGGCCUAGAACAUCUACACCAGGAGGGAAUUGUUUACAGGGAUUUAAAACCAGAAAAUAUCCUCUUGGAUGAUGACGGUCACAUCAGGAUCUCAGAUCUUGGCUUGGCCAUCAAGAUACCAGAAGGGGAGGGUAUCCGGGGCAGAGUAGGCACAGUGGGUUAUAUGGCCCCAGAAGUGAUAAAGAACGAACGCUACACUUUUAGCCCGGACUGGUGGGGUUUGGGUUGUCUCAUUUAUGAGAUGAUCGAGGGCCAGUCUCCCUUUCGGGCACGGAAAGAGCGUGUGAAGAGGGAAGAGGUCGAGAAGAGAGUGCAGGAAGAACAGGAGUCCUAUUCUGCUAAAUUUACAGAGGACGCUAAAUCUGUUUGUAGAAUGCUGUUGACCAAAGACCCGAAGCAGAGGAUUGGCUGUAAGGAACAGGGUGCCGACGAGGUGAAACAUCAUCCUUUUCUCAGGAACAUUAACUUCAAAAGGCUGGAGGCCGGGAUAAUGAAGCCGCCCUUUUUUCCAGAUCCCCGCGCUGUGUACUGUAAAGAUGUCCUGGACAUUGAGCAGUUUUCAACCGUCAAAGGAGUUAAUUUGGACCAGACCGAUAAUGAUUUUUAUGUCAAGUUUGCAACCGGCUGUGUGUCCAUCCCCUGGCAGAAUGAGAUGAUCGAGACGGAGUGCUUUAAGGACCUCAACAUCUUCGGACUAAAUGGAACUCGCUCUCCUGAUCUAGACUGGAGACAGCUCCCAGAACCGCCCAAGCGUAGUUUGCUGCAGAGGCUUUUUCGGAGACACAACGCUGACAUAGCCAUUAACGCUAAUGACCCCACCAUCUCCAACGCCAACACCACAAACCACCACUUCCAAGAAAGGACACCCACAGCCAAUGCUUCCCUCUCGUCUUGAUGGAAAAAAUUACGGGGAACUUUAAGGACUGAUGACGGUGACAUCAGUCAUGACUUUUUAUUUUAUUUUUUAUCCCAGAAUCCUUUGCUGCCCUCUCCCCUUUUUUUCUCAGGUUUAACCUUGAACUCUACGUGAGUACAAACUGGCUUUUUACAGAAUAUAUAAAUACAUAUAUAUGUAUACACACAUUUUUGGGCUGUUAAAGUCCAAGGACACAUGGAAAAUUCGCGUUCCUGCUCAAGGGACACACUAUUGUCAUUGCUCCUGAAUGGGGAGAAAAUAUCCAACUGAUUUGACAUCUCAAGGAAACUCAGUCCUGCGAAUGUUAAGCUAAUGGAAAUAUACAUGUCAUGGUUUUUUUAUGCUUAUUUUUUAUCACUUGGUAAGGCUUCAUGUUAUAAAAAAAAAAAUUGGGUUAAAA